AUGGAGCAAAAUCUACCAAUCAUUGCCAAGAAAUUUUGGAGCAUAGUAAAAGUGGCAUAUUUCAUGUUGAGAAAAGGCAUAUCAAAGUCCAACCUAUUAUCCGAUCUCAACAUGAUGAUGAAGCGCGGCAAGAUCGCCGGAAAAGCCGCAAUGCACAACCUCCUCUUCAACCACCACCACCACGGUGGCCGCGGCCGCGGCGCGGCCGCCCAAGAGCCGCAGCUCUCGUACUCUGCCCGUGGGGCCGAGUACGAGUUCAGCUGCAGCAGAAGCCCGGCUUUCCGGCUGCCGUUCCACCUCGGAAAGAGGAAGAGCAGCAGCCCGAGGGGGGCGAGCGAGGGCGAGAUGUGGGAGGCGGCGGUGGAGAUGGCGAGCAGCGCGGCGCCGUCGCCGGCGCUGCCCGGGUUGGGGAGGGCGGCGGCGGUGAGGGUAACGGACUCGCCGUUCCCGGUGAGGGAGAUCGAAGAAGAUCAUCGCGUUGAUGAAGCUGCGGAGAAGUUCAUCACCAAGUUUUAUAGGGAUUUGAAGAAGCAAAAUGCGUUUGCUUCUUGA